CGGAGAACUACACUAUACGGACCAUGGACAGGAGAAAAGACCCGUCAAGGAUAUUCUACCCUCACGGAUGGAGAGAACUCGUUAAUGGAUCGCUGGAAGAGGGGUUCGCUCCUAUCGCUCUCGCAACGAUCGAUAACCUUACAACGGAAUAUUAUGUUCCCCAAAAUGAGCAUCUCCAAUUUCUCUUGUAUCUCGCCAUAAAUCCCUACGACCACGGUCUCUCCUCCUAUGAACCCUUCACUGUCCUCUACCGUCUCCUCAAACUCCACAACCCUAGAUUAUUUGCAGGUAGCAUCCCUUCCCAUCCUUCUGCAUCUUAUUAUCGCGCUCCUCCUCUUCCCUCUAUUACCAGCGAUGGCGGUAGCAGUGGUGGGCGUGGGAGGAAAUCGUUGAAUCACCAAGAUACAUCCGAACACCCACAAGAUGAUGCCCCGUCAUGGCUUACAUGGGAAAAGGGAAGAAGCUUUCUGCACAGAAAUGUGUACAAGUAUAUGAAACGAUGUAAGGACCAAGGAGUAUGGCCGCUUUUGUGGACCGAUCCGGCCAAAGAAAACCGGGUGGCAGGCCGGGUUAGGAGGGCGAGAAAGGCCAAGGACGGGAUGGGGAAUAUCAAGGUGAAGGAAGAACAUAAAGAAGCUAGGCGGUCCCAGUCCCCAAGCAAGCAUGAUGAUCAUGAUGAGGACCGUCCGCCCGAGAAUGUGAUUGACGCGGAACUUGAUAUCGACCUUGAUCUCGAGCAAGAACUUGAGCAUGACAACGAACGGGAAAAACCUCCGACGCCGCAAGGCUGGCUUCUCCUGGAAUGGCUUGUUGCAGUGUGGGAAAAGGACGAGAUGGUGAGGAGAGGACCGUACGAUAAUCCUCAAUUGGAAUGGUCCCCGCUUUUCUUGAGGCAGUUGGCGAGACCAUAUGAUAGGACCGGACAAUUGCAGUGGAGUGAUGCGGGGAUGGUCAUGGGUAUCUUAAAAGCGGCUUUCGCGGAACCAUUCCCUGACGAUGAUGAAGAUGAGGAUGAGGAUGAGGAUGAGAAUGAGAAUGAAGGAGAGGAAGAGGAAGAAGAUGAGGAUAUGAUUGACAUCGAAGAAGAUGAAGAGACUAGAGUAGCGAAGGAGGAAGUGAAGAUCGCCAAAACAUUGAGAAGGGAAGAAGGAAAAGAGAUGCUUGCCAGAAGACGAUCUACUGCUGUCAGACUAUUCCGUCUCUUACUCGACACAGCCAUCGCCCCUUUCCCUCCUCCACCCUCUUCCAACCUUCCUUCGCGCCCGCCCUCCUCCAGCCCCGGCCCAGAGAUCGGACCAUCCACCUCAUCCUUCCCUUCUUCCCCCGGCAUUGGCACUGGUACGAGCACAAGAGCUCCCACUCCACCGACUUCCAUGUCCUACCCGCCUUCCCCAUCCCGCUCAGCGCCCUCUGUCCAUCCGCCGUUCAACCCCCCAUCCCUCACUUCAUCCCUCAUCCAUACCCUUGCACCCCUCCCGCUGUCUUCCCUUCAAUCUUUCUUUAUGCUCCUCAUCCCUUCCCCUUUCCCUUCUUCCUCCCCUUCCUUCUCCUUUUCUCAUGGCACCGACAUCAACAUGUCUCACGCCGCCGUCGAUACCCCCACCACCACCAUCCUCCCACCUGUACCCUUAGCCCCCAUAACGCACAUCAUCACCCUCUUGCUCGAACAUUUUGCCGGCACGUCCCGUCGAAAGGGGGAAGAACGCCGGGAGCGAAGGCGACGGCGUCUACCAGAACCCGACUUUGAGCCGGGGUACAAUGGUCUGGGGAAGCCGACGGUAGAAUAUUUAUGUAGAGAGGUUUUGGCGCUUAAUCCUCCACUGCAGGCGCCCGCGCCGAAGGGUAGAAAUGGGAGGACGAAGAGGGGGAAGACUGUACAGGUAAAGGUGGAGAAGGGAACGGAGAAGGAAGGGCAAGACGAAAAGGUGGGGAUGAAAAUGGCACACCUGAAGCUUGUUCUUUUGCAAACCCUUUUGCGACAGGAGAGAAAUGGUGAAAAACCUUAUUCAUCCGAACAAGUGGAAUUGGAAACGCUAAGAAGCGAAAAGGGGUGGAGAAGAGAUGUAGAAACGAGUUUCGUGGUUUCAGAGACAAGGAGUGAUGAAGAUCCUGAGGGUUCAACGGCAUUGCUGAGGGUAGGAAGGAUGGUACUGUUGUCUGUAGAUAGAUUAGUAGGCAUAUAAUGUCAAAAGAGACGACUGA